UCAUGUGUUUCCACCCCUGGUCUGACAUCACCCUCCCCCUCAUGCAGCCCGCAGAGAUCCGCAAAGUGAUUGACAAGUGGGCAGAUCUGAUUGUAGAGCUGGGUGCUGAAUACACGUGGGUGCAGAUCUUCGAGAAUAAAGGAGCCACGAUGGGCUGUUCAAACCCCCAUCCUCACUGUCAGGUUUGGGCCAGUAAUUUUCUUCCCAACGAAGCGGCGCUGGCGGAGCGCUGUCAGAGAGACUUCCUGCAGAAGCACGGAGAGCCUUUGCUGCUCCAGUAUGCUCGAAUGGAGACGCAAGCACAGCUGGUAGGAUUGAAGUCAAACCUUUAUGGGUAACCUCCAGACUGGGCCGG